AUGAUGAAGGAACAACUUGGUGAAGUCAGUGCCUCAACGCAGUUAACUCCAGUAGGGCCUCAAGCGCUCAACAUCCAGCAACACCUGCAACAAUUACACCUACACCAUCCAACGGUCAUACUACCCACUGACCACCAGCAAAAUGCCAUCCAGGAAACUAACGUUGUGCAAGACCCCGACCAAAAACCCUCCAGCUCAGACAAAAAAUCAGGCAUUCGAAGACAAGAGAAGCCUCCUUACUCUUACAUAGCGCUGAUAGUGAUGGCGAUCCAGCAUUCACCUACCAAGCGCCUGACUCUCAGUGAAAUCUACACCUUUUUGCAGCAGCGCUUUCCUUUCUUCAGGGGUUCUUACCAGGGCUGGAAGAACUCGGUGAGGCACAACCUCUCCCUGAACGAGUGUUUCAUCAAGCUACCGAAAGGGCUAGGGCGUCCAGGGAAGGGGCAUUACUGGACCAUUGAUCCUGCCACGGAGUUUAUGUUCGAGGAAGGGUCUUAUAGGAGAAGGCCGAGGGGUUUUAGAAGGAAGUGCCAAGCGAUGAAGCCGCAGUACCAGUUCUUCGGCAACGCAGUGCCAGGUAUGGUGGGUCAGCAGGCCGCAUACGAGCACCAAGCGCUGAUGCCGCCUCACCAGACGGAGUACUCCACCUGUUCGUACGGAGGCGGGCAGAGUUACGGGUACGAGUCGUACCCGACACCCGUGUACCAGGGACAGGCGGAGAGGGACUGGGGCGGCGGUGGCGGGCUGUUGGCGGGCUAUGGGGACGGGGCGAUGGCGGGCAGUUAUCUGAAGGCGCCGCCAAGUCCGAUGGCGGAGAGUCAUCAGGAGACGCCGUCGCAUCCGGGGGUGGAUGCUGGGUAUUAUCCGUAUUCCGGUGGGAUUACGUCCUCGUCGACGGAUAACAUGAUGAGGCCAACUAGUAACACAGUCCAACCGAUCCAGUGUGACCGAAAACCGUAUUUGAGUCCCCCUCCCCCCACGAUUCCCACCUCCAUGCCUUCCCCCCCGGCAGCCAAUACCCCCCAUUCUUUUUACGACUCGACCAACAAAUAUAGCAUGUGA